CUACAGUGUUCUAAAGUCAAGUAUCAUUUCAUGGAGGCUUUUCAAUUUAGUGUAUUGAUUUGCUGUUUGAAAUACGAGUUCUCUUAUCCUUCCGUAGAUACCUACCUAUUCGUCUGACGAUUGUUCUCUAGUCUGAUCCAUUGAAAAUAAACAUUAUAUUUGUGCUUACAUCCUUUCAUCCCUUGUUUAUCAUAGUGCUCAUUGAUCAGUGCCCUUGUGAAAGGAGAGUGACCGAAAUUGGACUCUGGAACGUGAAAUCAAGAUGAUAAACCCUUCCGUGCUGCUGAAUUUUUAGUGUUGGAGACAGUGAUAAAUAUAAUUUGAUAGAUAUAAAAAUUCGUUCAUGGGACCACCCUAAUUUUGCAUCGGCGCCAUGGCGGAGGAGUGGACGGCUCCUCCGAAAGCGAGUUUCUUAAGAUCGUUUCUCGUGGCAGCCUCUAUGUUCCCCCUUUACAUAUGUCUGGGUGCACUAAUCGGCCAAUCUGCAGGGAUGUUACCGCAACUGCUUGAAGAAGACAGCACUAUUCACAUCAACAAAAAUCAGGCGACUUGGAUAGGGGAACGUGUACCUUUCCGAGGUGACACCCCCGAAAUACCGCGGCGCUUUGCUGACCCUGAACUCAGUGCUAUGCUCUUGCGGACUCGUCUACGUCUACAUCGUCGGCGGCUACUACCCCUGGUACAUCGCCGCGGCCGCCACCUGUCUCAUCUCCAUCAUCGGACUCACACUCACCUUCUCCCUCUACGACUCCCCGGUGUGGCUGGUGCGGCAAAACCGCCUAAAAACCGCCGCCAAGAGCCUUCGCCUCGUCGAAAUCUCUUCCAACGUGGAGACCAAACUGAGGAAGCUCCAAGAGACCGCGGAAAAUCACCCCAAAACUGAUUUCACUUUGAAAAUACUAACCGAGCCGAGCGUCUGGAAACCGUUCGUUAUGAUCCUCGUUCUGUCGAUACUCCAGAAUACCUCUGGUUUUUGUAUAAUCAUCGCGUAUACAGUGCAGUUCAUGUGGGAGUUCCACUCCGCCUAUGACCCGCUCCACGUGACUGUGGCAAUCGGCGUGAUGAGACUUCUCGCCAUCCUGGUUUCUUUCGUCCUGUUCCAGCACUUCGGUCGGAAGACGAUCGGGGCCGUCUCUGGGUUCGGAGCGGCGAUCUUCUUGCUGGGCGUCUACGGGUAUCUGAUCUUCGCGCCUCGAGUGCAGCUACUGUCGGAGAACCAGUGGAUCCCGAUUGUGCUUUUCUUGGCGUUCAUCUUCACCUCGUCUCUGGGGAUAUACCCGCUGCCCUGGAUAUUACCGUUCGAGUUGUUCCCCAUCAAAGUCCGCGGGAUGAUGUGUGGUGCUUGUCUGUGCGCGCUGUAUUUGAACACGUUCGUGGCGGUGAUGUUGUACUACGUCCUCAUCGAUAAUUUGCGCCUGGGCGGGACGAUUCUGUUGUUCGCGGCGGGGUCGGCGUUGUUUGGUAUCUUUUCCAUGACGCUGCUCGUCGAGACGCAUCGCAGGACUCUUGACGACAUCGAAUGCACGUUUGCUAGUGGGAGGGUUACCUAACCGUUUGCCGAAUAGUGCUGAGCAAUGUUAAACAUUCGCAUUUUAUCGCGCGCGACCUGGCAACCUUGCGAGUGGUUCGGAGUGAAAAAAUGAGGGAAUACAGAGAAAACUGAAGAGCACGUGUACAUAUAUAUGGAUUGCAUUUUGCAAAAAGGAACCACUAGCAUUGCAACGUUGCUAAGAUUGUGCGACUUCUUUUGUCUUGGAGGAAAAAUCCGAUUAUCCAUUAAUAAUUUCUAUUUUACUCGCUAAAAACUGGGAAUUUAAGACAGAAAUUACCAUCUAGAUUUCAUAGUUUUUCACGAUUUCCGCAAUUUUAUUGCGAAGGAUGAAGUUGCUCAAUCUUAGCAUCAUUGCAAUGCUAGUGGUUCCUUUUUGCAAAAUGCGAUCCAUAUAUUCAAGUCGCUUACGAGACUCGAGUCGCACAGCGCGCCCGGGCGCUCUGCGACCUCUAAUCGCCACUCUUGUCUAUCGACCCAGAGGUCAUCUGGAAAAUUGCAUCUUUUAAUUUCAUCUUGAAUCCCACCUAUCCACGAUUUUGCUGGACGUCCCCUGUGUCUUCUCCCAGGAGGAACCCAAUCCAGUACUUUCUUAGGUAAUCUGUCAUCCGCCAUUCGUUGAACAUGACCAUACCAGACAAGUUGUUUGAUCAUAAUUUCAUGCACGAUAUUCUGCUCGGCGUUUAUGAUCUCACGCAUUCUUUCGUUCCUUACGUGAUCCCUCCUCAAGAGCACGUGUAACAGGUCGAAAAAAAAAUAUCUCCAAAAAUGUCCUUCGCAGCUAAUUUAAGCAUGGCUAUUGGCUACGUGUGCAUCAUAGAUGUUGGUCAUUUAUUUGCACGUAAACAGCGACAUACCUAGACGCGUUGCAGAGGCAGGGGGCCUAGGGGACCGUUCAUCAAACACGUAACGCUCAGGGGAAGGGAUCUUAGUUUUGG